AUGCCUCCAAGGAAGAAGGCCAAGCUCGCCACACAGGCGGAGAAUCCGCAAUCCCAUGCCAACACGCCGGCUGGUGACGGUGCUGGUCAGCGCACCCCCAGCUAUGACCCAGUCUCGGAUCCAUGGACUGACGAGCAGGAAACGGCCCUGCUAAAAGGAAUCAUUAAAUGGAAGCCUGUUGGCAUGCAUAAACAUUUCCGAAUGGUCGCCAUCUCGGAGUUCAUGAAGAGUCAAGGCUAUGCGCCGUCUGACGCAGAGCAUACACGAAUACCGGGAAUCUGGAAAAAGUUGGGUAAUCUAUACAAUCUGCCAGCGCUUGAUGAGAGGGAAGAUUCGCUCAUAACGGAGACCUCGGACGAUGUGGACGGGAAAGAGGUGUAUUGUCCAUUCGAACUGCCUGAAGACGAAUAUGGCGACAUGAUGUUCGAGCGAAGAUUGGCGAUGGAAGGGUCUCCGUCCCCUGUUCCUAGUGGCCAGGCGGAGUCGCGGAGGGGAAGUACUGUGGCAGAUACAGAUGAACCUCGAUCCUCGCCAGCUCCCUCACGAGUAAGGAAACCAGGUCGUGGCGGUCGUUCAGCAGGGCGAGGUACACGGUCUUCACGCCUUCAAGUAGAGGUUGAACCCCGCCAGGAGAGCUCUGAAUCGGAGGACGAAGAUGCAGAUUCGGAAGAGGAGAACGAGGAAAGUGAUGAGGAUAGUGAUGUCGGAAAAGAAGAUAGCGAGGAAGACGAGGGAGAAGACGAUACGGGAGACUCACCAACCGGCCGGAGUACGCGCGCCCGGACAUCUCGGGGUAAACGGGGAAGCAAAAGGGGAGGCGGCGUCACAAGGAGGGGCCGACGGCGUGGGAAUUGA